AACAUUUUUCAAUGUGACAGGUCACCGGCGGCGGGACAACAGCUAUCUAUAAAAAGCAGAACGUUAGAACCGCUUAGAAACCAGGAGUGCAAUGCAGCUGUGCGGUGCAGUGCGUCUUCAAAAAGAGUGGACAAGCUAAUUUUCCACUCCGUCUGUCACCUUUGAUCCUUCUUUUUUUUGUUCGUGUUUGUUUCUACUGUUUCGAUUAAGACCACCCUGUGGUAAAGAUAAAAGAGAGUUUUAUUCAUGGAAUCCAACGAAUUUGAACAUCUCUUUCUUCUUUGAUUAUCCUCUUCACAAAGAUCGCUCUUUUUCAUCGUUUCUAAAUACCCAAACCUAUAUAUUUGUUUUAUCUUCCAUUUUUAAGUUUUCAAGCUCCAACUUUUCUUAGAAAGUUUAGAUUUGUUAACGGACUGUUCAUUGGAAUUGCAAACAUAGAUAUGGGUUUGUCGUUUUAUGUUGUUUAAUUGUUUGUAGUGAGAGAAACUGCUUGUUCAUUGGUGAGAAAAGAAGUAUUUUGUGUGUGUGUGUGUUUGUGUUUUUCUUUUAGCAAGAUGAGGUUCUUGCUGGUUUGUUCAAAUGGGCUACCGAGAAAACGAAGGGCAGGAUUGAGAAUAAAACAGGCGGGUCGAGGGUCAUACCGUUGGAAGCUAGAGGAAGGCUAAAUUUGACUAUAGUUAGUAUUUGGUUUUAUAGUGUAACAAAAAUCUGUGUUUUUCUUUUAGUUGAAAAAAAAAGUUGAAGAAAGAUGGCGACUACUGCUUUAAAGCAGUUAUUGAAGAGUUUUUGCACCAAUUCACCUUGGAAAUAUGCUGUGCUUUGGAAGCUUAGGCACUGGAGCCCCAUGAGUUUGACCUGGGAGGAUUGGUACUGUGUUUAUCCAAUACCAAGAGAAUCUGUGGAAAGUAUCUCCAGUGAUGUUUAUUCUAACAGUGAGAUUAUCCCAUCACACUUUGAAAUGAGCAUAGAUGCCGGUUGUCUUGGAGGAUACCCAAUUGGCUUGGCGGUGACAAAUAUGUCACAUCUCAAGUAUGGAUGGGGAGAGGGGGUUGUUGGUAAAGUGGCACAUACAGGGAAGCAUUACUGGGUUUCCUGUGAUGAUAUUUUCACUGGCAAAGCUAACUCGAAGUUAGUUCCUGAGUGUCCAGAGGAAUGGCUACUUCAGUUUGCAUCAGGAAUCAAGACUAUUGUACUGGUACCUGUGCUUCCACAUGGAGUUCUGCAACUUGGUUCAUUGGAGAUGGUUGUUGAAGAUUUGUCCAUUCCUGCGUAUAUCAAAGAUAGAUUUGCCUGCAAGAACAUUCAUGCACAGUUUCCAUCAUUUCUAAUAUCAAGUCUUUUGGAGAAGUUAGAAGAGUCUUCAAGUGCAUCCAUUAGCCCACUGAACUCUGAAGAUUCAAAUGCUGUUGACAGUGUCAAGCCCAAUAAGUUGUUAGCUUUAGAUCAGAUCGUACCACUUUUAAGUAUUCAGAAUGCGUUUCCGGUUCCUGGAAUAGAUCUGCCUGGGGUUCUUGAAAGUGAAAGCAAAAAUAAGAGCAUUGUCCCACCAGUUAGCCUCAAUGAAGUGUCAUCACCACUAAGACCAUCUCUAAGUUCCAACCAGCUAGCAAUGGGGGAGAGUGAACUGUUUGGUUUGUCUUGUCUUAAGGAGGAAUUGCAAGCAUAUCCUGAAUGUGGAGAAAUCUUAGAUGGAGUUACAAAUCCUUGCCCUGCCAGAAAUUGUCUGGUACCACCUUUCGGAGACUAUAAUAUUGAUGAUGCUGGUUUCCUUAGCUUCCCCAAAGAUUGUGAAUUGCAUAAAGCUCUUGGACCGGCUUCUCAAGGACAGAGCAGUGAAUAUUUGUGGGAGUCAUCUUUUUUGAGUGAGGAGGUAUUUAGUGAUCUCUUUGAUGGUAUUGAGCCCCCAUUGUCUGCCAAAGUAGGUGAUGCAGAGUAUCUGUUGCAAGCUGUGGUCGGCCAUGUAUGUGAUGGUUCUGAUGAUAUUACUAAUAGAUCCAAUCAUGUCAUGACUUCUACCGGACAACUUCCUGUUUCUUCUCAACCUCAAAGUGUAAAGGAUGAUUCAACUUCCUUUAGCAGACUUGCUUCUGCAUUUGCUGGCAGGGCCAAAAAUAAUUCCAGUUCUAAAAUUUCAGACUCUUUUAGGAGUACAGUAAGCAUGUUAACUGAUAAUGAGAAUCCAGGAAAAGAGUGCUAUUACGCACAAUCCAGGAAAGGAAAAAAGCAGUCCAGCAUCACCAAAAGAAAGGCUAGACCUGGUGAUCACCCAAGGCCACGGCCAAGGGAUAGACAGAUGAUCCAGGAUCGGCUUAAGGAGUUGCGAGAACUUGUUCCACGUGGUGCUAAGUAUAGCAUUGAUGCUCUCUUAGAUCAAACCAUUAAACACAUGCUGUAUUUGAGGAGUGUGACAAACCAAGCUGAGAAAUUGAGGCAAUGGGUGCAUCGAGAGGUGACUGAUCGAAAAAAUGUGAGAUCAUCUGAAAUCAAAGAAGUUUACCAAUAUGGAACAAGCUGGGCUUUUGAGAUUGGAGAUGAACAGAAAGUAUGCCCCAUUGUCGUGGAAGAUCUUUCAUACCCGGGCCACUUACUCAUAGAGAUGCUUUGCAAUGAGCAUGGUCUGUUUCUAGAGAUUGCUCAGGUGAUCCGAAGUUUUAAUUUAACAAUCUUGAAGGGUGUGAUGGAGAGCUGUUCAAACAGUACAUGGGCUCAUUUCAUUGUUGAGGCUUCUAGGGGCUUUCACAGACUGGAUAUUUUCUGGCCUCUGAUGCAGCUUUUACAGCGUCAAAGGAAUCCUAUUUCUAGCAAGACUUAAUAAUGAAAAACCUACUCAUAUUUGUCCAUAUAUCAUUGCAUUACCAGGCAAAGGAAUGACAAACCUACUAAUUAUCUAAUGUAUCAGUACAAUAUUUAUUGUUUGUGUAUAAGCUAAUGCAGUUGGCACUGCACUGCAAUCUGCUGUUAAAG